GGGCAACCCGAAAAUCAAUCCGUUUACACACCGUGAGGACCCUGCCCGUCCUGCCCGAUACCUGACUGAAAAAUUACGGGCAGUCAGUCACCACCAGUACUCUCGCUUCCCCUGUCUCUCACUUCCCCCCGUCUCUCUCUCUCGCCCUUUGAGGCCUCUGAUAUUUCUAUAUCUUGCUCUCUCUGUCUCUAGAUCACGAUCGGACGGUCAAUAAUGCACGGACUCUCUGCUGCUUGAUUUCUCAAGUUUUAGAGUCUGAGACCAUCAGAUCCAGCAUCUCCUCGCCCAGAUCUUGCUUUCUGGUAAUAUUUCGUUUGCGGCAAGAUGGAGGCGAAGCAUGGUUCAGUGGUAGCUACACUUGGUUUUGGUGCGCUAAUGUGCGCCGGGGAGGCUUUAGGGACCUUGCUGCUCUCGGCUCUGGUGAAAACCCUGCUUUCCGCAACGCUUCAGGAUCCUAACAUCAAAGGAGAUCAAUGUACCCAAUACCAAGACAAUCUGGUUGAUGCUGAUGGAGAUGAUGGCAAUGAAGAUGACGAGGAAGAUGAUAAUGAUGGUGACGGUGGGUUUGAAGAAGGCGAAGACGAGCUGUCGUCUGAAGAUGGAGGAGAAUAUGGUGGCAACCCCAACAACAAUAAGAGUAACUCAAAGAAAGGUCCAGAUGGUGGUGGUGCAGGUGGAGCAGAGGAAAACGGAGAAGAUGGAGAGGAUGAUGAAGACGACGGUGAUGACCAGGAUGAAGAUGAAGACGAUGAUGAAGAUGACGACGAGGAUGAUGAUGGUGGUGAAGAGGAAGAGGAUGACGGGGUAGAGGGAGAAGAAGAAAAUGAGGAAGAGGAGGACGAAGAUGAGGAAGCACUCCAGCCCCCAAAGAAGAGGAAGAAGUGAAUGAAGAAAAAGAGUGGAGCCUCCCACAAAUACCGACUCUACGUGACUGUUGUCUGCAUCCCAGGAGGAGGCAUGUUUAGGAAGGUGGUUGUAUGGGUAAUUAUAUUUCUAUUGCACGAUUAGAGUACUGUAUAACUAUUGAGCUGCGGCAAUGAUAAAUUUGACCAAAAAAAAAAAGUUAUGGUUUCGGUUUUUAGCUA